AUGGCCUUUCAAUCAGGAGCUUCUUCCUCUUCUUCACCCUCUUCAUCUCCUCCCAUCCGUUCAUGUAAUCAUAAUGUAUUCUUGAGUUUUAGAGGUGAAGAUGUUCGCAGUAACUUUAUUUCUCAUCUAUACAAAGCUUUGGUUCAAAGGGGAAUCAAUACUUACAUUGACAACAAUCUUGAAAGAGGAGAGGAGAUUUCAUCGGCACUUUUCAAAGCUAUUGAAAAAUCAAUGAUUUCUAUUAUUGUACUCUCUAAAAACUAUGCAGAAUCUAAAUGGUGCUUAGACGAGCUAUUAAAGAUUCUUGAUUGCAAGGAAGCAAAAAAACAAAUUAUUCUACCAAUUUUUUUCCAAGUAGAUCCAUCAGAAGUACGGCAUCAAAAUGGGAUUUUUGGAAAAUCCUUUGAUAAACUUGGUGAUAAGCUCAAGGAUAACGCAAAGUUGUUGAAAUGGAAGGAAGCAUUGGAAAAAGUAGCCCAUAUCUCUGGUUUCUCAUCAGCAAAAUUCGAGAACGAAUCUGAAUGUAUCGAGAAGAUUGUUCAAGAAGUCUCAAGCAAACUACCAAAUCGUACAUGCUUGCAUGUUGCGAAUUAUCCGAUUGGGUUGGAGUCUCGUGUAGAAGAUAUUAAUAUGCUUUUACGUAUUGAGUUUAUUAAUGAGACACGCAUGAUAGGGAUUUUCGGUACUGGAGGAAUUGGUAAGACAACUACUGCAAAAGAAGUGUAUAACUGCAUUGCUGAUCAGUUUGAAGGGAGUUGUUUUCUUGCCAAUGUUAGAGAAAAUUCAAAACCAGAUAAGGGCGGUCUUGUGAAGUUGCAAAAGAAAAUUCUUUCUGAUAUCCUCAGAGAUCCAACGGUUGAGGUCGAUGAUGUUGAUCGAGGAAUCAAUCUGAUACAGGAGAAACUUUGCUGUAAAAAGGUUCUUUUGGUUCUUGACGAUAUUGAUUGUUUGGACCAGUUACAAAAACUAAGUGAAAGAUCCGAUUGGUUUGGAUUGGGAAGUCGAAUCAUCAUAAUAACAAGAGAUAAACAUCUACUAGUGCAGCAUGAUGUUGGUAAUUGGAUAUAUCCUAUGAAUAAAUUGGAUCCUAAAGACGCUCUUAAGCUCUUUUCUUGGCAUGCCUUCAAGCGUGACCAACCAGAUAAUGGUUUUUUGGAACUCACAAAACUUGCACUGCAAUAUGCUGGUGGCCUUCUGCUCGCUUUGUCUGUGGGAACAGAGCAAAUUGAAGGCAUAUUGAUAGAUCUAAAUCAGCUUUGGGAGGACGAAGACAUUUUGGAGGACGGCGACAUGAUAAAUUUGCCUUGGGAUGACGACAACAUGAUAUGUUUGGGUUCUGAGGUGUUCGCAAAAAUGGAAAGACUCAGAAUAUUAAUAGUUAAAAUAGACAGUGAAAUUUAUCUCUCUAUCAAGUCAGGAUUGAAUUAUCUCUCUAAUGAGUUAAGAGUUCUUGAUUGGCCUGAGUGCUCUUUGGAGCUUUUGCCAUCUUCUUUUCAUGGAGAGAAACUCGUUGAUUUCAAUAUCAGAAAUGGCAAUAUUAGAGAUUUAGGCACGGGAUUGCAAUCUAAGUGUGUCGAGAUAUCAAGCACUGUCAUACAAGAGCUACCUUCAUCCAUUACAAACCUUAUUGGGCUCUACAAGUUAUAUUUGGAAAGGUGCAAAAGCCUUGUGCGUCUUCCAAUAAAUAUUUUUCAGUUGGAACGUCUAAAGGAUGUUAAGAUCACAGAUUGUCCAAAUUUUGUAAAUUUUGUAAAGGAGGUGAGGCAUAAUCGACAAUCCAUGCCAUGUACACAGGAAAAUGAAAUUUCAUCAAGUAUGGAAUUGCUCUCAUUGCCGUCUCCAGAAUCAAAUAAUUUAUGUAGGACUUUAAAUCUAUCUGGUAGUGGCAUUGUUAGCCUUCCUCCAUGCAUCGAAGGAUUUGUUGGAUUGUCUGAACUUGAUUUGAGAGACUGUAAGCAACUUGAAGAAAUUCCACACCUUCCACCAAAUAUAGAAAAGGUAGAUGCCAGAGGAUGUUCCAGCCUAAAGAAUUUCUUACCAGAAUCAAAUAAUUUAUCUCGGACAUAUAAUUUCUCAUUCAGUUUGAGGACUUUAAAUCUAUCUGGUAAUUGUAUUGUUAGCCUUCCUCCAUGCAUCGAAGAAUUUGUUGGAUUGUCUAAACUUGAUUUGAUAGAUUGCAAGCAACUUGAAGAAAUUCUAUGCCUUCCACCAAAUAUAGAAGAGGUAGAUGCCAGAGGAUGUUCCAGCCUCAAGAAUUUCUUACCAGAAUCAAAUAAUUUAUCUCGAAUAGAUAAUUUCUCAUCCAGUUUGUGGACCUUAAAUCUAUGUGGUAGUGGUAUUGUUAGCCUUCCUCCAUGCAUCAAAGGAUUUGUUGGAUUGUCUAAACUUGAUUUGACAGACUGCAAGCAACUUGAAGAAAUUCUACACCUUCCACCAAAUAUAGAAGAGGUAGAUGCCGAAGGAUGUUCCAACCUAAAGAAUUUUUUACCAGAAUCAAAUAAUUUAUCUCGGAUAUAUAAUUUCUCAUCAUGUUUGAGAACUUUAAAUUUAUGUGGUAGUGGUAUUGUUUGCCUUCCUCCAUGUAUCGAAGGAUUUGUUGGAUUGGCGAGACUUUAUUUGGAAGACUGCAAGCAACUUGAAGAAGUUCUACACCUUCCACCAAAUAUAGAAGAGGUAGAUGCUGGAGGAUGUUCCAGCUUAAAGAAUUUUUUACCAGAAUCAAAUAAUUUAUCUCAGAUAUAUAAUUUCUCAUCCAGUUUAAGGACUUUAAAUCUAUGUGGUAGUGGUAUUGUUAGCCUUCCUCCUUGCAUCGAAGGAUUUGUUGGAUUGUCUGAACUUUAUUUGAGCUACUGCAAUCAACUUGAAGAAAUUCUACACCUUCCACCAAAUAUAGAAGAGGUACUUGCCAGAGGAUGUUCUAGCCUAAAGAAUUUCUUACCAGAAUCAAAUAAUUUAUUUCGGACAUAUAAUUUCUCAUCCAGUUUGAGGACUUUAAAUUUAUCUGGUAGUGGUAUUAUUAGCCUUUCUCCAUGUAUCGAAGGAUUUGUUGGAUUGUCUGAACUUGAUUUGAGCUACUGCAGUCAACUUGAAGAAAUUCUAUACCUUCCACCAAAUAUAAAAGAGGUAGAUGUUAGAGGAUGCGUGUUAUUAGAACGCUUUCGUCAUGUAUCGACAGAAUGUUCAUUUGGUACACCCGACUUAAAACGGCUAACAAGGAUUAACUUAUCGGAAUGCAAUAAAGUGGAAGUGGAUGUAGGGAAUAAUGCGCCAGAUCCAUUAUUGGUUCAAGAACACUUUCGGGAGAAAGAUUCAUGUAGGAUUUUAUAUCCAGGAAGUAGGAUUCCAGAGUGGUUCAAGUAUUUCAAGGAGACUACUUCAUAUAGUAAUUCUAUUGGAAUAGAAAUUGAUCAUAAUGCGUUCAUGUGUUUUGGGCAUCAAAUCGUGGCAUUAGUUUUGUGUUUUGUUGUAGGACGUCACCCGCUGGGAUUUGAAAAUAUUACUAUCUCAAUAAACGGCCAGUCGAUGGUGUCGAACCCACAUCGUGAUUUUUUGUGCCCUUCAAUGGACCCACAUCGUGUAUGUCUAAAAUACAUAGCUGGAAAUUCUAUUGAUGAGAUGCUGCUAAGAAGUUACAGGGAGGGGAACAAUAUGAAGUUUACAUUUGGAAGUAGUUCAAAGAAAGCAAUCAUCAAAAGUGUCGGAGUCCAUCUAAUAUACGGGAAUGACAAUUUCAUUAAUCCUAUUCAACUUUCAAAGUGA